CAUGUGUUAGGUGUUUUUAGUGUUGCCACGUGCGUUUUGAGCUACGAUAACAGAUCUUUUAGAUAACAGAUCUGUUAGAGGUUUCUCGUGAAACUAGACAGCAAGGUUCCUCGUCGAAUUUUCGUGUAAUAUUUCGUUGUAGUCGCGGUAGAUCGAUAAAGCGUAUUUCUAAGGAGUCUUCAUGACCGAGUGAUCCUUUCUUUCGUGGGGAAGCAGGCCGGAUCUACGCUACUGGUUCUCACAGUUAGGUGAAUGUCGGCGCGCAUAAUUAAAGAACAAGGGUUCGAGCUUCUAUUUCGGUCGAACAAAGCGUGGCACUGGAGCUCUAAAGUCACACGCGCAAACAAUGAACUUCAGAUUCUAAUUAAACGCGUUUCUCUAAGUCGAAGAUAGCAUUUGCAUCGUUACGCAACGAUGAACGAGUAAAAUUUCGUUGACUCAGCGAUUAAACGCGAUAGCGGUUGUUUCACAAAAUUACGGGCAUUGAAAUCUCUGGGUGCCGCGAGUUUUGAGCGACAAUGGGAGUCCAACGCAAUACGUAAUGACAGCUUUUGCGUUGGUACGUGCCAGCUUCGUUGCGUAAUAGCUCGAAACUAUGGAAGCACGCUAAUCUUGCCGAUCGAUCCGAAAACUCGUCACCUGCGAAACGAAGAUUAUGUUCGCUCGAGGAUGCUAAACGUGCGUGUAAUAACCGAGUUCGCGAGCUGGUUCUAAUUGGAUCUAUUACUUUGCUAAUUACACUCGAAGGUAACUGGGUCGUCACUGUUUUUUUUUCUUUGUUAAAUAGACGAUUUUUCUAUGUCAAUUUUUCUGUCAGCACGAAGGGUCAUAUCGAUUUUGCCACGUUAGUUUCUUAUCCAGAUAUGAAAUUCACUGUCAAGCAAUAAAAUUUGUUUAAUAAAGCAAAUAGCAAUGAGUAGCAAUAAAAAUGCAUAGUCGGUCAAUAACGAUACGAAGUGUUCUAGCUAUAAUGUUACGUGCUCUAAGCAUGUAAGAUGAUACAUUAAGCGUCACACGAUACUUAGACCAUUCAUCGUACAUUAAAUAAUAAUUUCAAAUAAGUCAAGCUUCACAUUAUAUUACAAAUGCAGAGACCUCCAUAUCUGGAUAAAAGUAGAUACUAUCUAAUCUAACUGUGUGCACAGUUAGAUGAAUCAGCCUGUAACCGAACGAUUCGUCAUCGAUUACGCAUCCACAUAUCCGGGUAAUUCAACAAAAACAAUUAGCACAGAUGAUCUGCGUUAAAAAAGGUAGUCGGUUAACCGAGUUCGGUUACCAGGCUGAACUUGAUCGAUAUUAGGGCGACCGCGUUUUAACCCAAUUCGAACGCGAUCGAUAAACUCGGGUAACAACGGCAACGGAGUUUGUUUCACGCAGUAAUCCGAAAUAAAAAAAGAGGAAGGAAAAGAGGAAUUAAUCGGUCGAAGCGUUCGAUAAUCGCAAGUGGGUGCGACCGAGUGUAACAAUGCCAUCGAAUCUGACGUGACGCCGAUAGAGGCUGAACGUUGAAGAUCGUAAAGCAGUGGACUAGCGGCAAGAUCCUCGGGAAUGACGAGCAUCGGAUUCGAUCUCUCGAUGGAACACCGAGAGGAAGACGUUCGAACCGCACGAGGAUGACGCCGAGGACGGUGGUCGGGUUCUCGAGGCUGUUGGUCCUCGUGCCUGUCACCGUCUGCGCGACCAUCUACGUCAACGAUCCACCCUCCUCGUGGUUUCGAUGCAGCGACCGAACACCGCCUCCUCAGACCUUGGCAAAGUGCCGAUACGACGACGAUUGCAUGAGGAACGCUUAUUGCUGGAACCAGCAAGCCUGUUUGUGCAAAGAGGAUUAUAUCGUCUUCAGGAAUCGCACGCACGUGGAGUGCCUCAAAGUGGCGAGCGCUAUCGGGGAUCCUUGCGAGGUGGACGUCCAGUGUCAGGUCACCUUUGCGCCGUAUUCCGAGUGUCGGCAAAAUAUCUGCCAGUGCUCCGACGGCUCCCACUACGAGGAGGGGAGGUGUUACGAGUCCGUGGGUCUGGGUAAGGUCUGCCAGUCGCAUCACAACUGCUACAUCAAGAACAGUUACUGCGUGACUGGGUUUUGUGUCUGCACUUUGAACUACCAUCCGAACCCGCGUAAUGACGGAUGCAUACCCAGUGCAGAGCUGGGUGACAAAUGCUCGAACGACUACGAGUGCGUGACGGAGAAUUCGAGAUGCAUCGAGAAGUGCUUGUGCAAAGUGGACCACGUGAUGUCGAGCGACGGUAAGCGGUGUCUGAAAGCCGCGGACUCUGUGGGCGAACCGUGUCAAGAGGACUCGCAGUGCGUGCUAUUCCUGGACAACACCAAGUGCGGAGCCGAUGGCAAAUGCAGAUGCGUGGAGAACUGGCAUCAACGCGGAUCCAUCUGUCUGAACGACAUCGGACUGAACCAGCGGUGUUUGACGCACACGGAAUGCGUCACGGAGACGUACAGGGACUCCAGUUCGAACGAAGUGAUGAACGUCGAUUGCGUGAACGGUUACUGUGCGUGCGCCAAGGAUUACACGAUGACGGCGAAUUUGCGCGAUUGUAUUCGUUACAGUGAGAACGCGGCUUCCAUGGCUUGGCAAGGGAUCCGGAUACUGGUUGUUGUGACGAGUGUAGCGACACUUGCAAGUAUAGUGAUAUAAAUAGGACUAUGAUAGGUUAAAUCACGCUUCAUUACGUAUUUAUUUAAGAAGGAUCCGUUGUAAAUACGUUUCACGCGCUACCAAAGAUCCACUCUUAGAUCAGACUUAGUCCAUAUUUAUUAUGUUCAUUUGUAACCUGCCGCGUCAGUGGACUAUUUGUACUAAAAUAUACGUAUCGACUUGAAA